AUGUCGAAGAUUCUGAUUGUUUGUCUAUGGAUUAUCUUCUAUUUAAAUUCAUUGCUUGCUAAAUCAAUAUCAUCAACAUCGUUUCCAUUGGAAUUACAAAUUCCACCACCAGAGUGUUAUAAUGAAUUUGUAAAAACGAGAACUGUCAUGUAUGGUGGAAUACCUCGAGCUGUUGCCGAUCUUUGUGAAAACGAUGAUCUCGCCACAAUGAUCAUCGUUGAUAGUAUGUUCGGUUUUACCACGCAUAAGAUGAACGUUCGUUUCCGACCCAAUCGUCGUUUGUCACCACAGUGGAAGUCAGCAGUGGAGAAAUUUCAGCAAUACUUAGAUUAUGAACGAUGUUUCACGGAGCUGACUUCAAUUGGUGCUUGGUAUAAUAAUUUAUCAGCACGAAAAAGUCCAGCGCAAUUAAUGAUAUUCAAAGAACAUAUGUUUCGAUUUCUUCAUUUAUUCAAUAAAAGCUCCGGUGUUACACUUAAGCCAUGUUAUCGAUAUUCAACUGAACGAGGCGGAGGAAAAGUCGUGGCGACUAAAGAGUGGUCGAUCAAUGAUAAAAUUGAAAUGCUAAUUGGUUGCAUUGCCGAACUAAGUCCUGACGAUGAACAAGCGCUUCUCAAACCAGGUAUGAAUGACUUUUCAGUAAUGUAUUCUUGUCGAAAGAAGUGCUCACAACUAUGGCUUGGGCCUGCUGCAUAUAUUAAUCAUGAUUGCCGUGCUAAUUGCAAAUUUGUGGCUACUGGUAUGAGUUCAGCAUAUAUUCAUGUUCUUCGUCCGAUUGAGAUUGGCGAUGAAAUAACUUGCUGCUACGGAUCGGAUUUCUUCGGUGAUGAUAACUCGCAUUGUGAAUGUCGAAGCUGCGAAAUGUUGUGUAAAGGAGCAUUUGUGAAAGCAGAUUCUUCUAUGUCAAAAUCAUGUUCCAAUCCAGAUCUAACGUCGUUUGAAACGAUUUCUCCGUUUACUCACGAUGAACAAGUACCAACAGUAUCCAAAGAUGAUAAUGCCAUUAUUUCUACCCGUUUGCGGCAAACUGACAAACGUCUUUUACGUAAAAUUUGCCCCAUGAAUAAUACCAUCCGAAAUCGUGAAAAGAAAAAAUCAACUGACGAAUCAUCUGAAACUGUGACAAAACGACCACAAGUGCUCUAUCGAAAUAAGAACGGACAAUUUGCAUCACCACCCGACAGGUCUAAUUCGACAAAGACGUCAUCUCGUAAGAAAAAUGUCGAAAGUAAGAAAAUGUCCACAUUAAAGCGUCGACGGCCAAGUAGUUCAUAUUCCUCUUCGUCAACAUCACCGGUGACUGCUGCUCAAAACCAACCGAUGACAACAGACUCUGCGUUUGGCUCAGACGGGAACAGUUCAAAUUCUCUUUCAAUAACAGUGACCAACAGAACAGUAUCGACCGGAGGAUUAUCCACUUCUACGGCUCGACCAUCACAUCGUAGUUCUUCAACAGUGUCUAGCAUAUCACUUUCGUCCGCCUCAUCAUCAUCGCCACCAAACUAUGCAAGAAAUCGUGCACGAACAUUAUCACAAAACUCAUCAUCCUCGACAUCCUUAUCAACAACGCCUCUUUCAACUAAUCCGAAUUUCAAAAGCUGGCGUCCAACAAUUCAUUCUAGUCGUCGUUCAAGUACAUCAUCAUCACUCAGUUCUCUCUCAUCAAUGGCUGACAGUGACGAAAAUCAUCAAUCAUCGGAUUCAUCCCGAAAACAAUCUCUGCCUAAACUGCCAUCAAUUCGAGCACGUCCAGAUCCGUUCUCACUGGAUGAUGUUGAAAAUAUGAAAACACCGAAACCGUCAGUGGUUUCACUGAAAAUCGAUAGUAGUAAACGACCAUUGAUUGAUUCAUCAUCAAUACGUGCAAGAAAACGUCACAAAACGUAGAACUUCUGCUUCUACUCCUAUACUUAAUAUAUGGCACGGCUCAGAUUUCUGUUUGUCUGUGUGUAUGUAUAUUUUCGAUUCACUGUUUUGGUGAGCCGUCAGAGCGUCAAUGACACAUUCUUUUACUGGCAGAUUUUAGUCCUAGUAAUGCACUUAGCCUCGAAAAACUAUUUUCGUAAACUUAAAAUGUUGAAAAAUUCUCUGUUUAAUACAGAAUCGAAUGGUG